GUAGCUGUCAUCAUGUAAUGUUUGCUCUCGUGUUGUGUAAACUAACCAGCGAGCUGAGGUUAUAACCUCCUGAAUACACGUGCAUGCUCUCCCAUUAGAGCAUGUAGGACAGUAGUCGUGCUGUCGAGAAACAUUACAACCUGAGAGUGAUGUGUUUGGUUCAUGGAGGACUGCUUUGAGACGCUUUAACAGGAAGACAGUAUGAGUGGUCAAAGUCCUCCAGCCUGUAAUGGCAUUACUCCACUCCAACAGAUGGUGGCAUCCUGCUCUGGAGCCAUCAUCACCUCUUUAUUAGUUACACCUUUGGAUGUUGUGAAGAUCAGACUGCAAGCGCAGAAAAAUCCCUUCCCUAAAGGGAAAUGCUUUGUCUACUGCAAUGGACUUAUGGACCAUUUAUGUGUAUGUGAAAACGGCAACUCCAGGGCCUGGUACAAAGCCCCCGGUCACUUCAAUGGCACACUGGAUGCCUUCGUCAAGAUAGUACGCCAUGAAGGAAUAAAGGCGUUAUGGAGCGGUCUACCUCCAACCCUUGUGAUGGCAGUCCCAGCUACAGUGAUCUAUUUCACGUGCUACGACCAGCUGUGUUCGGCGCUGAGGGUCAGGAUGGGAGACCGCGCUCAGGAAGCUCCUCUUCUGGCGGGAGCUAUCGCUAGAGUGGGUUCAGCGACAGUGAUCAGCCCUCUGGAGUUGAUCCGCACAAAGAUGCAGUCCCAAAAGCAGUCUUACAGGGAGCUGACUGACUGCAUCCGCUCUGCAGUGCAGAUGGAGGGCUGGCUGUCUCUGUGGCGAGGUUGGGGGCCCACUCUCCUCCGAGACGUGCCCUUCUCAGCCAUGUACUGGUACAACUAUGAGAAGGGCAGGAGCUGGCUGUGUGAACGGUAUAACACCAGAGAACCCACGUUCACCAUUACCUUCAUAUCUGGAGCGGUGUCUGGCACUAUUGCGUCCAUCGUAACGUUACCUUUUGAUGUCGUCAAAACGAGAAGGCAGGUGGAGCUAGGAGAGCUACAAGCAAAGAAUUUGUCAUCUCCGGUCUCCACCUUCAGCGUCAUGAGCAGGAUUGUGGCGCAGGACGGCUUUGGCGGACUGUUUAAAGGUUUCCUCCCAAGAUUGAUCAAAGUGGCCCCGGCCUGCGCCAUCAUGAUCACCACUUAUGAGUUUGGAAAAGCCUUUUUCCGCAAACACAACCAGGAGAGGAUCCUCGGCCCACUGCAGACCAGUAACACCUGAUAGUUUUCCAGUCAUUUCUCUCCAAAUCAAACACAACGACUGCUAGACUCGUGUUGCCAAAUUAAAACACAAGCAGAAGUGAAAAAAAAUGAACUACUUGACCCACUUCUGCAUUACAAGAGUUAUAUGAAAUUAUUUGUAUUAUUUAUUAUUCUAUUAUUUUAUGUUCACCACUACAGAUCCUGUGCGCACAACUGAAAAGAAACAAUGUUUUGUCUCAUGAGUGUUUAGAUCACAUGCUUUUUGAUGCAAACUAACAGCCAGCAGAUGGCAGCCACAAUUUUGUUAAUUUGUGAUUUUUCGGGUCCCCAAUGUGCACUGUGACUGAAGUCCUUACAUUAGAAAUGUAAGAUGAAUUUCUAUUCCUGUGUGUGUCACUCUGAGUCAGUGAAUCUUCCCCCGACAAUAACAGAGGAUCUCCAUGUUUUUGCACUUCCACUCCAAUUCCUUGUAACCUGUGAAUAUGUGUGACAAACACAAACAUCAUGCCAGUGUAAAGCCAUGAUAAGAGACUGUGGAAGAGGACUGUGAUUCAUCUAAACUUCUGAAAAUGUGACAUAUUCAAUAUACAUACCUGAUUUUCUUUGGGAA